CUGAAUUGUGGGAAUUUAUGUAAAAUCAAGAUGGCAGCUGCCUGCGCGAGAAUUUUUGGUAAGGUCGCCUGGCAUAUUUUGGAAUCUCCACCAUGUCGGGCUGGGACACUUGCUUCCCGGGUUCCAAUGGUCUCGCUGCCGGGGUCUAUCAGAGCAUACGGAACGGGCGGUGGAGGAUUCCGUUCGCAAAUGGUAUACAGCACCCGUCUUCGAGGUGGCAGAGUCCUGGGAUGUGCGUUCCUGCUUGGAGGGGGACUUGGCUUGUAUCAGACAAUAAAGCUGACUGUCCAACAUCACCUUGCAGAAGAAGUAAUGACUUCUGAUUGUGGCUUGAGAUUGACGCUGUAUCAGUACAAGACCUGUCCGUUCUGCAGUAAAGUGCGAGCUUUCCUAGACUACCAUGGACUUCCAUACGAGAUUGUCGAGGUCAACCCUGUGAUGAGAAAGGAAAUCAAGUGGUCAACUUACAGAAAAGUGCCUAUCCUGAUGGUGAACGGGGAUGUGCAACUGAACGAUUCCUCAGUAAUAAUCAGUGCUUUGAAGACACAUUUGAUGAGCAAAGAGAAAACCAUCUCAGACAUUCUGCGCUGUUACCCAGAGAUGAAGGCAGUCAACGAGAAGGGGAAGGAGGUGACAGAAUUCAACAACAAGUACUGGGUGAUGGUAAAUGAACCUGAAGAUCAGCUGAUGUACCCAGAGAAAGAUUCCAGAAAAGAGGAGAUCAAAUGGCGUAAGUGGGCAGACGAUUGGCUGGUGCAUCUGAUCUCACCUAAUGUGUAUCGGACUACUGGAGAGGCCCUGGCCUCUUUUGACUAUAUCGUCCGCGAGGGGAAGUUUGGCCCUUACGAGGGCUUCUUUGCAAAAUACGUUGGAGCCGCUGCCAUGUUUCUCAUCUCAAAAAGACUGAAAAGUAGACACAACCUACAGGACGACGUGAGACAGGAUCUGUACAAGGCAGUUAAUGAGUGGGUGGCAGCCAUCGGCAUGAAUAGGAAGUUCAUGGGUGGAGACCAGCCCAACCUGGCUGACCUGGCAGUGUAUGGGAUCCUGAGAGUGAUGGAGGGUCUCGAGGCCUGGAAUGACAUGAUGGAAAACACCAAGGUGAAGAGAUGGUACAGGCGCAUGGAGAAAGCAAUACAAAGCAACUAGGACAAUAGCUGAUCACGCUGAAAACAUGGACCAGCGCUAGAUCUCAUUCAACUGCAAUAGCUCUUCAAACAUUGUGGUGCGAGGGAAAGUAAGGAAAGAUGGUACGAUAGCUGGAGAAAUGCAAAAUGUCAACCUGCUAGCAGUUACCAUAUAAUCUCCCUUGAAUGUACGUUGCAUCAAAGUGUAAAAAAGUAAUUCUUGAAUACCACCUCCAUGCAGUUCUACCAUUUGGUGUAAAAACAUUUUUCAAUUUAAGGCAUUUUUGAAAACCGACUUCUUUCGAACGGUUCAAUCAUUAUACUGAUGUUUUGCAGUGCUUUUCCUCAGGGAAGACAACAUCUUUGUUUUCAGGUCCAUGUACCUUACCGUUUCAGGACACUGUUUCACCUGUUCAUUUUGAUGGUUAUUCUUUCAAAUUCAGUUGUUACUAAGGUUUCAAGUUAGGCUUUCCGCUGAAAUAAUUUAAAAUGAAUUAUUUUCAAUUAAGCAGGAUAUAACUUGGUGUUAGAUGUGUUUAUGACAAUUAAGGAGUUGGUGAGCAUGAAUACUUUCAUGAACAACUUCUAAAUUAAAUACUGUAGGUGAAUGACAUUGCAACCCACUUAUGCAUACAUUUAAAAAUGUUCAAUAAAAAUAAGUAAACAGAAUGUAUCAGGUUUUAAUUCAGAAUCAACACUGCACAUUGUUCAAUUUUGUACCACACGUGGCACUUGGAGCAAGAGAUAUACUCUUAUACUGAAUAGUACUUAAGUUACCUGUAUUCUCAUAACCUUUACAUAACGCAUUAAACUUAAAAUUUGCAAACUAUGAAACAAUAGUAAAUAGCAUGUCAAUGUACAAAAUAUAUACAAAUAUUGGUGGACUACAUUCCAUUAUCUAUGACAACACUGACAAAAUGGCUUGAAUAGUAGAUGUCAUGAUUUGGAAGCAAAAAAA